UAAUAAUAAUAAUACAGAGAGAAGAAGAAGAAGAAAAAUUGCUUUUACGUGCUCAACUAUAAUCGGCGAGACGGAGGAAGAUCGAUCGAGAGAGAUAGAAAGGUUGAUUUCUCCUCACCGGAAUCAUCUUCUUCUUCUUGACGUGCAUGGUGGAAAUGGAAAUCUCUGUGUUGAAAAUGCUUGUCGAUGGCAUCUCGUCGUUUCUAAAUCUGUCAUCUUCAAGGCAUAUCGAUUUAGACCCAUUUGAGAAGUACUAUAAAAGGGUUGAAGAGUUAUUGAGAGUGUUGAAGCCUGUGGCAGAUGCUGUUAUCAGCUCCGAUCUUGUUUUGGAGGAGAAACUUGGUAAAGCAUUUGAAGAAUUGGCUCAAGAUGUUGAUCAAUCGAGAGAUCUUUUCAGAAGUUGGCACGCAUUCUCCAGCAAAGUCUAUUUUGUCCUCCAAAUUGAAUCUUUGAUACCAAAGAUGCGAGACACUAUUGUAGAUACUUUCCAGUUUCUGAAGUCCUCUAAGAACGACCUACCUCUUGAACUGAGUCCAGCUUCCCUCGAGAAAUGUCUAGAGAAGGUUAAGCAUCUUAGUUAUGAAGAGAUAUCUUCAGUCAUUGAUGGUGCUCUGAGGGAUCAGAGAGAUGGUGUUGGACCUAGCCAAGAGAUCUUGGUGAAAAUUGGAGAGAACACUGGGCUGAGAUCAAACCAGGAGAUUCUGAUUGAAGCUGUUGCUCUGGAGAGGCAGAAAGAGAUCGCCGAGCAGUCUGAGAAUAAUUCAGAAGUCGAGUUCCUUGACCAACUGAUUGUUAUCGUAAACCGCAUGCACGAACGUCUUCUUCUGAUCAGACAGACUCAGACCUCUAGUGUCGCCAUUCUCGCCGACUUCUUUUGCCCUCUUUCCCUUGAAGUAAUGACUGAUCCAGUGAUUGUGUCAUCAGGACAAACAUAUGAAAAGGCGUUCAUCAAGAGAUGGAUUGAUUUAGGUUUAAAAGUUUGUCCCAAGACUCGACAGACUCUGACUCACACGACUCUAAUACCCAAUUACACCGUCAAGGCCUUAAUCGCUAACUGGUGUGAGACAAACGAUGUCAAGCUACCUGAUCCCAAUAAAUCAACGAGCUUAAACGAGUUAUCUCCUCUUUUGUCAUGUACAGACUCCAUUCCUAGCACGGCUGCUGGUGUUUCUACUCAUAGAGUUAGCAACAAGUCAAAUGAUUGGGAUGCUUCUACAGGUGAGACCGGGAAGCCUUCAUUCUCAAGAGAAGGUGCUUCUCCUUCACGUCCCGCUUCUGGCUUGGACACUUCUUUACCAGGUGUAUCUGGAAACGGGUUCGGUUUGGACGCCAGGAGGAUAUCGCUAAAUGAUUCUGAAGAUAGAUCUAACGAUUCUCGAGAAAUGAAGACAGAUGUAUCUGUAUCUUCAACUACACAAGGCUCGGUGGAAAACGGACAAACAUCUGAAAAUCACCAUCAUAGGUCCCCUUCUGCUGCCAGCACUGUUUCCAACGAGGAGUCUCCAAGAGCAGAAGCAAACGAGAAUUCAGAAGAAUCAGCUCAUGCUACACCUUACAGCAGCGAUGCUUCAGGAGAAAUUAGAUCAGGGCCUCUUGCUGCAACCACUCCAGCAGCUACACGCAGGGAUUUGUCUGAUUUCUCCCCAAGAUUUAUGGAUAGACGUAAUAACCGUGGUCAGUUUUGGCGACGUCCAUCAGAGAGGCUUGGUUCACGGAUUGUCUCAGCGCCUUCGAAUGAGACAAGGCGUGAUCUCACUGAGGUCGAGAACCAAGUUACGAAAUUGGUGGAGGAGCUGAAAAGCAGUUCAUUGGAUAUUCAGAGACAAGCAACCGCAGAGCUAAGGCUGCUAGCUAAGCACAACAUGGAUAACAGGAUAGUUAUAGGGAACUCUGGUGCAAUCGUCUUAUUAGUGGAACUACUUCACUCAACCGACUCAGCUACACAGGAAAAUGCUGUUACCGCACUUCUCAACUUGUCCAUUAACGACAACAACAAGAAAGCAAUCGCUGAUGCUGGUGCAAUUGAGCCGCUCAUUCACGUGCUCGAAAACGGUAGCUCUGAAGCCAAGGAGAAUUCAGCUGCUACACUCUUCAGCCUCUCUGUGAUAGAAGAAAACAAGAUUAAGAUUGGUCAGUCUGGUGCAAUAGGGCCUCUUGUGGAUCUACUCGGUAAUGGUACCCCUCGGGGUAAGAAAGACGCUGCUACUGCAUUGUUUAAUCUAUCGAUACAUCAAGAAAACAAAGGGACGAUCGUGCAAUCAGGGGCUGUGAGGUAUCUGAUAGAUCUAAUGGAUCCAGCAGCUGGGAUGGUUGAUAAAGCGGUUGCUGUUUUGGCAAAUCUGGCUACAAUCCCUGAAGGGAGAAACGCGAUUGGUCAAGAAGGAGGGAUCGCUCUUCUUGUUGAAGUCGUUGAGUUGGGUUCAGCUAGAGGGAAAGAAAACGCUGCAGCAGCUCUUCUUCAGCUUUCUACCAACAGUGGUCGAUUCUGCAACAUGGUUCUUCAAGAAGGAGCUGUUCCUCCUCUCGUCGCUCUCUCACAGUCUGGUACUCCCAGAGCCAGAGAAAAGGCACAGGCGUUGCUUAGUUACUUCAGGAACCAAAGGCAUGGAAACGCCGGGCGUGGCUGAUGGAUGAUGAUGAUGAUGAGGAUGAUGAUAAUGAUGCAUAGGUUCCUCGGUGCCUAUAUUGUGUUUGUCUUCUUACCAAAAGUAGUGAUUUUGUACAAAAAGGAGGUUUCUUCUGCAAAUAAUUCAAUACCCAAGAUUUUGUUGAUUCUCUGCAUUCUUUGAUUUUCGAUUUGAUAUUCCCAGGAGUAAACUUUGAUAUUCGAAUAGAAAUAUUUUUGUUUUUAUCUGAUUUGUAAUGUAAGUCUUUUGAAGGAAACAUUAAUGUAGUUCUGAAUGUGAAUUUGAGUGAGA